AUGAUUAACGACGCCCAACUGAACUCGCUGGUCAUUUUCUCAGGACUUGUCAUGGUUACGCUGAUUGUGAUAUAUCAUGCCAUUGGUUCGACGUUCGAUAAAUUGAAGUAA